CCGAACAUUCGAAGGUGCAUGUAAGUAGGAGGGCUAAAGCUCCCACAUGCCAUAAUAACAAUCUUGCCGUAAGACAUUCUGCGAUAUUCUUCACUCAACACUAUUUUAUAAUAUCUCUACUUUUCAACUAAACACAUAUCACAACAAAUUCGCACUCCGCGAUUCUAUCCCUUCAUUGAUUCAACUUGAGAAUGCUACAAAAUUCAAUGUGAACAAAUUGUUACGAAAUCUUAAGGAAUUAUGUGUCAUUUUUGCUCGAUCGGGUAAAGUCAUGGAAAAAAAUUACCAAUCCACGCAGUAUAUUUUCUGUACAAGCGCAUAAUGUUUCAGUAAUUUAUUUCUACCGAUUUCAAUUCAUAACAUAUUUUAGCAGGCAUCUAAACUACACAUUUUUAUUCAUAAAUAUUUAAAUAUUGUAGUCGGAAAGAGUGGUUUUUAUGUAUUUUUUAAUGAGAUCAAAUUGUUGACGUAUAACGGAAUAAAUAUAAGGUUACAAAAUCAAAAAGUCAGGUCUACACACAAAAAUGCGUAAUUAUUGAAGUUCUCUUGAAACGUUAGCUUUGCAAUAUUGAUAGAUUUAAUUGACAUUGACAGAAUUGACAUUUUGUCUUUCAAAUUUUAUUCUGCUGCUCGUUUGUGGUUAUUAUCACAGUCCUAUCGAGUUUAUUUUAUUAAUUACUUAUUUAAUGAAAUGUAAAUAAAAAUGUUUGAAUGGACCGCUUGAGUGUAAUAAGCAAACAAGAGGUGAUACAAACACUAAGUUUACAAUUGAUAUCAUAACCUUUCUGAGAAUCAGCUGGGUAAACAUUUAACGAGAGAUAGCGGUAAUUUUCCUAGAAAAUGCGAAUAUCGUUACGUUUACUUUCAUCUGCUGUGCAGAAAACACCGUUUUAUAUUACUACGCCAAUAUUUUAUGUGAAUGCGGCUCCUCAUUUGGGUCACCUCUACACAGCUGUCGUAGCAGAUGCCAUACAAAGAUUUGAGAAGCUUACAAACCCUGAUUGUCGUGUGAUUUUUAGUACAGGCACAGAUGAACAUGGCACAAAGAUCCAGCAGGCCGCUGCUAAAGCCAAGCUGUCUCUCCCGGAGUACUGUACCAAUAUCUCCAAUGAGUACAAGCAGCUGUUCCGAGACUUCAAUGUGGAGUACACAGACUUUAUACGGACUACCGAGGAAAGGCAUAAGGUCGCUGUUAGACAUUUUUGGGUGAAAGUAUCAAUAGAAUCUGGCCACAAGGUGGAAUGGACGGAGGAGACGAACUACAUGUUCCGACUGAGCGCCUUCAAGUCACAUCUACAGCAGUGGCUGAAAAAUGAUGGAGUGAUAACACCGUCGAAGUUCCAGAAGCAACUACAGGAGAUGUUGGCGAACGACGCCUACCUGCCCGAUAUAUCGGUCAGCCGACCGUCCAACCGAGUGCACUGGGCUAUACGGGUACCAGAUGAUGAGGAACAGAGUAUCUACGUAUGGCUGGACGCGCUGGUGAACUACCUGACCGUGGCCGGGUACCCCGACGAGGGAGUCAUGGUGGAGCGAGGCAGACCCUGGCCCGCUGAUGUACAUGUUGUGGGGAAGGAUAUUCUCAAAUAGCCUGGGUAACUUAGCGUCAAGAUGUUGCGGCACGGCACUGAACCCGCUCCAAGAGUUCCCCGCGCUACAACCGACAGAGUUCACCCAGUUACUACAGGGGGAACACGCGGCGUUACUUGUGGAGUAUGUGGAAGCGUUGCCUGAAACAUGCUACACUCACUAUAAAAACUACCAAUUUUACAAAGCAGUGGACGCCGUAAUAAAAGUUUUGCACGUUGCCAACCUAUUCUUUGAAACCACCAAACCGUGGGAACUACGCAAAAACCCAGAAAAACAAAAAGAACUAGACGUAAUCCUACAUGUUACCAUGGAAACGCUAAGAAUAUGCGGCAUUGUACUCCAACCAAUAAUACCAGAGAUGUCGAAAAAGCUACUGGAUAAACUACAAAUUGGUAGCAAUUGUAGAAAUUGGCAACACUGCGAGACGCCAUCUUGGCGUUUGAAGGGCGCUAUUUAUGAAACUAAGCACAUUCAGAGCGGGAAGUUUGUUCUAUUUCAACGUAUUUAUGAGAAAAAAGCUCAGGUUGAGAGAAAAGUGCAGGUGGAAAAGAAAAAGCUCAAAAGAAAAAAGUUUCUGUGUAAAGUAUGUAUUCUAUAAUAAGUAGCUAGACACGGGUUUUAGAAUUGGUCAUUAUUAUUAUAUUAAGUAGUGUUUUCUCAAAGGACAGUUAUAAUCGUUUUAGUUGUUUUUUCUAAUUUGCUUUUUUUUACAGUCAAUACCAAGAUUUGAAUUAAAAAGUUUAAGAUUGCAUUUAAUAAGUGUUGCCAUUUUAAAGGUUGAUUGGUAGAAAUGUUUUAUUGUUGACUGUAUUAAAAUAAUUAUUGUUUUAUCGGGUUGUAGUGUGGUUGUUAUAUAUAAUACAUAUCCUAAUAUAAUUAUGUU